AUGAAUACCUGUAAUAAGAUAAAUUCACCUAUAAGAGAUUUCUCUCCAAAUAGUGAAUUACAAGCAAAUCAGAUAAAAUUACGUCAUCGCUAUCGUUUAGCACCCCUACCAACAUACAAAGUAUGGCUAUACUCAACAAAUCUUCUCUUGAUUCUCCUUCAAACAAUUUAUUUAUCAUUUUUAUAUAGAUUUUUUCAACAAAAAAAUAUUAAACUUUUUCCAAUAUCAUGGAAUGAAAAUAUUUUAGUUGGUAAUUAUAUUAUUAUUGGAAUUCAGUAUUUUUCAAGUUUUUGUGGUAUUAUUGGAGUUUAUAUUUAUUCACGUAACCUUAUAAGACUUUUUUGGUUUAUCAAAACAUCUCUUCUUUCAUUAGACUUUUUUUUUGCUAUUAUUAUUGUAAUGAAAUUUUCAACACUUCAUGCAAAUUUUGAAAAUUAUUUUUCAAAUAAAAUUCAAAAUGAAAUAAAAAUUAAUAAAACAAUUGAUGUUUGUUUUAGGUGGGAGGAAUUUCAGGAGGAAAAUUUUUGUUGUUUUGAUAAAUCAUUUAUAGAUAUAUGUUUGAAUAUACCUUUAAGUGAUACUUUUGAUAAAAAUUUUAAAAGUAUUUAUCUUAAUUGUCACAAAGAGGAGGCAAAAAAAGAGUUAUGUCAUUAUACAUUACUACGUUGGAUUCAUAGAGAAGUAGAUUUUUUGAUAAUAAUAUACUACUUUAUGAUGUACCCUGUUAAAUUUAUUAUUGUAAUAGCAUUAAGAGAUGACAUUUCUGAGUUGUUUUCGGAGAUUAUUUUUACAAAAAAUCGACAUUUAUACACACAUUGGGUAUUAGAUGAAGAUAUAACGUCAGUUACUUUGUCAAAUUCAAGUUACGAUUAUUGUAAUGAAGAAAAUGAAUUAUUAUAUAAUGAUAAAACAAAUUUAAAAAAUUCUUUUUUUGUAAAACAAAAUGUAUACAAUUAA